AUGAAAUAGUUUAAUUUUGAUAUGGCAGGCUAGUCCUCUUCUAAGAGCUUUUAAAGCAAUUCAAAGAAACAAAAUAUUGCUAACUAGAUGAAGUUGAAUUUAGUGCCUCAAAAUUCUCAGAAUUCUAACAAUUAAUUCUCCAAAAAUUAGCAGCAACUGUCUCCUAACUUUAAAGUAAAGCUCAAUUUGUUGACUCAGAUGAAUAGCGAAAAAAUUUAUGAAACCUAGAAAUCUCCCAUUUAGCAAAUGGCUCAAUAUCAAUUGAAAUAGAUUCACAAUAGCUUCAGUGUAGAAAAGAAGAAAAAGAGCUUGGAGAGCUUGAUUAAUUUAAAAAAUCAUUUAAGUCCAGUUUAGAAUAGCAGCAAGAACAACUAUUUCUUUGUUGAGAAGACUAAUUAUAAGGAGGAUUCUAAAUAAUUUAGUCAGUCACCUUGGAAUGAAAAUUCUACAGCAACCAAAUUGAAUAAGAAUAAAAGUCCUGAUUAUUUUUAAUUCUAAGAUGUGAGCAUGUCAAAUAAUGAAAAUAAAAAGAUGCCUUACUUUAUAGAAACUCCUAAUAGUAAAUCAGAUAACAAAUUGCCAUUCUAAAAAAGAGUAGGGUAAAAUUAGAGAAGCAGCUUAACAGAUUUACCAACAACUUAGAAUGAAUACAGUCCUGGCAAACAGGAAUAAUUUUUGUCAACAUUGCGUUUACCCUAUAUUCAGAUAAAUUCAUAAUAGUUGGAUUCUAACAUUUAAAAAAACAAGCAAGCAAUUAAAUAGAUGACUUAAGAGAUGUUUUUAAAUAAAAAGUAAGUGGUGAAGAAAGUAAAACAGCCAAAUAAGUCAGUUGAUUUACUUGAAUACUUCGAAUAAUCUAAGUUACCAGCUUCUUCUUUGGCGAAUAUAAAAGAAGCAGAAUUUGCAUCACCGAACUCAAUGCAAUCUCUGAAAAAAUCGUCAACUUUAAGUGUAUUAAAAUUCAUUAACGAGUCUAAAGACAAUGCAAACAGAAUGUAAUAAGAAUAAUAAUUUUAAAGCACUUUAUGUAAAAUAACUGAAGGAGAUGAAUAACCCUUAAAACCAAAAUAGCACGCAGAUACUUAGAAUUUUAUGAAUUAUUGGUAAUAUAAAGAAAAGGUAAACUAAAAUAAAGAUAGAAACUAUAAAAAAGUAAGAUAACUUAAUCUGCAGGAGUCCUUACAAAAGCUUGAAUCAAGCUCAUAAAAAUUGGGCAUUUCCAGCCGCUUGAAUUAUGCUGAAGAAUUAAAAUCACCAAUAACAAACAGAUAAGAUUAACAAGUAGGAUCUUAUACAGAAUUCAAUGUUAAUCAAAAUCAAUUUGAUUACUCUAAGCUGAUUGAUCAGAGUCCUUAAAAAGCAAAAGAAGUUUAGUAAAAAUAGAAGAAGAAAGAUGAGUAAGAGGAAGCUUUGCUUUUACAAAAUAUUAUAACUUGUGAAGGAGCAGCUUAAUUAAUUAUGGAGAAAUUUAUUGAAGAACUAUCAAGUGAAGAUUCAGAAUUAAAGCAAACAUUUAAUGAUUCAAUUUAGAAUAAUAAUGCAUUUAAUUUAGGAUUUGUUCUCAAGAAAUACUUUUUAUUUUGCUUAGAAAAGGUAAAGGAAGAAUAUAAACAGAAUCAUAAUAACAACAAAGCAAUGAAAACUAAAAGAGAAGCUAAAUAGGAAGAUUUAGAUUCUAGUCUUUAAAAUUUGAUUUUGAGUGAGUAAUUUUUAGAGAAAUCAAAAGAUUUGAUAAAUUAGAUACUAUUUAAUAUUGGAAUAGACCUUUCUUUCAUUAAAGAGAUAACUAAAUAUUUUGAUGAAUAUGGCAAAUUUUUUAUUCCUUAAAACAAUGUUAAGCGUAUUGGCAUGCACAAUAUUGAAGAGAUAUUAAAGAGACUUUUAAUACAGUUGGUAGAAAAUCAUUUGUUAGAAAAAGAGAUAAUUUAAGCAUAGAUUGGAUCUAUGAAAAAUAAACCUAAUUAUUAUCUAGAGGAAAUUCAAAAAAAGAUGUUAGAUUUUACAGUGAAUUUGCUUAAUGAACAUAAUGAAUCUGUUUUCAUUCAAAUAGCAGAUAUCAAGAAAUUCUAAUAAAUUCAUAACUUUGAGUAUUUUAUGCUUAAGAUAAUUCUUCUUAAUAUCUUGAGAGACAUGAAAUUGGAGUGGUAAAAUAUCAAUAUUAUUCUUGAAAAAGUAGAAAAUAUUCGUUUGCUCUUUUUUAGAGAGGCAAAGAUUAACAGUAUAGAUCUUUUCUUUGACAAAAAAGAAAACCAUCCAAUAAUUAAAUCCUAUUUUAUGAAGAACAAAUUCCUUGUUGACUGCAUUGGGGAAAGCAACCUCGAUAGUUUCAUCAGGUUUUUAGAUUAAUUUGUUAUGGGUUUCAGAGAUUAUCAAAAUAUUAAAAAGUAUUUGAACCCUAAAAUAUAGUUUAACAAAGACUUUGUGUUGAAAUUUGGAUAAGAGUUGAAUGAAAUUAUUCCAGAACACGUAGUCAGAAAAGAGACUCUUAUUUUGGAUAUCAAACACUAAUUGAACAAAGUGCUGGAAGCUUUGGAAUAAAAGAAAGAAAAGUAAGAACAACACGAUGAAGAAUAGAAACAAUUUCUAAAAAGUUUGGAAUAAAUAAAUAUUUAAGAGAUGAUUUAUAAGCUUGUUGACUUAGUUGAGUAUAAAAUAGUAACUAAAGAAAUACCAGAAGACGUUCAAGAAUAAGACUUGCUUGUUAACUCUAAAUUUCUAGAUUACUUCCUUCAUUUUACAUUCUAGAAUAAAGGACUUGCCUUCUCUUACUAUGACUUAGAAGUAGCCUAUUCUUACUUUAAAAUGAAUUCGAUCAAGGCAUUCUAAUAUUGGAUUGAAAACCUCUGCAAAAUCAUUAAUCAAAGUUACCCUGAAAUCAAAGAAUUCAACAUCUUUAAAUAUUUAUCCUAAUUUAUGAAAAUUUAUUGA